AUAAACAGUAGUGUUACGAUACAUUAUUGAUGCAGUACUCAUAUAAUUAUCACUGAAGACUAGUAACAACGCUAAAAUAAUUAUGGAAAAUAAUAUAAUUAAAUACAUAACUGAAGAAGAUAUAAAUUUGAUUUUAUUAAAGUGUGAAUAUCCGAGUGAUGUAAUUGUAGAAAACUACGAUGUAUGCAAUGCUAGUAAAUAUAUGAUGGGAUUUUUAGGAGACUAUUGGAAACUUAAAAUACGAAUUGCCAUAAAAAACGAUGAAAACAUUGUGAGAAAAACCCUUAAUUUUUUCAUAAAAGCAAUAUCUAAAUCAAACCUCUCUAAGGCUGAGGUUGUGAGAGAAAUGAAAUUAUUCGAAAAGGAAUUAUGCUUUUAUUCAGUUAUUAAGAUGAACAUAAAUUUACCAGAUAUGAAACCUUGGAGUGCUAGAUUAAUAACACCUCUGAAUGAAGCAUUAGUGUUUGAAGAUUUAACGUCGCUACAAUAUGAAACUCGCAAUAAAUUCACAAGGUUCGAUAAAGACCAUAUGUUACAAGCAUUAAAAACAUUAGCUCGGUUUCACGCAUCUUCCAUUAUAUUUGAAGAGAAUAAAAGUCAACGUUUGCAACGUUCUUACAAAAUAAAUGACGAGUAUUCGCAUUUGUUGGACGAAGGAGGUUAUCACAAAUCCGAACCUUGGUUUAUUCAAUGUAUGAACGGUGCACUAGAAACUAUCACUGCUUAUUCAAAAUAUAGCACUAAUGAGAAAAUUAUGAAUCUAAUUAAACUCCAUUGGAAUAAUGUUUGGUAUUCAGCUUUAGAAUUAAGUAAUAUGUCAAGUGAAUACAGAAAUGUGAUCUGUCAUCGUGAUUUAUGGAACAAUAAUAUACUUUUUCAUUAUAAGAAAGUCGGAGAAACACUGAAACCAGACGAUUGUAUGAUUGUUGACUUCCAAGCUGUACGAUAUCAACCACCGGCCGGCGAUGUCAUGGUCCUUCUAUAUUGUAACUUAGAUCCCAAAUUUCGAGAAGAAAAUCUUAAUUUGUUUCUCGACUAUUAUCAUAAAGAGUUAGAGCUUAUUCUUAUUAAAUAUGGCAUUAAAAUCGAAGACGUUAUAAACAAAGAAGAUUUUUUAAACUCCGCAGAAUGUCAACGAAAAUGGGGUCUUAUUGUUUGUGCUUGUUUAAUACCACAAAUUUGGAUAGACGAUGAAUUGAUAACAAAGAUAUUUUGUGACACGACCCAAUUUGAUAAAGUAUUGACGAAGGACAAGGGAACCUUUAUAAAACAUAUGGUAAAAACAAAUCAGGAUUACAGAGAAAAUAUUAUGCUUAUAUUUGAUGAAAUUAUAGAAAGAUAUAUAUUGUGUUAAUACAAUGUAGGUAUUUAUAUCAUCCAAAACCAAAUCCCAAUUGAACUUUAAAAAUAAAGAGUAAAAAAAAAGAUCUAAGGAUAUUUGAUAUUUCUUUUAAAACAAUAUUAUUCGUUUUUAUCCGGUUGUACUCGUAUAUGUUCGUGCUGAUUAUUACUUGGUUUUGCAUUGUUGUAACUCCAAACAGGAUUAGGAACAAACUUGUUAUCCUCAAGCUUGCGAGUGCCAAAUUUCUUAUACCAAGGAUCAUCAUGCCGCCUGCUGUAUAUAUCGCAAAACGGACGCAGCAGAAGAAUAUAUAUUAGUUCUACGAAACUCAAGAUACUUGCGCCAAGGAAUAGUCCUCCAGUACCACCUGUGGAUACUGUAAAUUAUUAUAGAAAAAUUAAUGAAGAAAAAAUAUAGUAGAUAUAUUUAAAUACGAAUAAUAAAUAAUGAAAAAUUAAUUUAUAAAUAUGUUUCAUUAAUAUAAUAAUUAUUAUGAUAUAAAUGGGUCAUAUCGUAUAUCAAGUAUUACGUUCACCACUGUAGCAACGUUGUUAGACUUGUCAGACCAUUGUUCUACAACUCCAUUAGUGAUUAAUAGUCGUAAACAGAAAUAAACUCUUUAUUGUUUCAAAAGUCCUUUUACCAGAGGAAGACUUUGUACAAAAGUCGUUUGCUUGGGUACCUCUGUUCCAUUCGUGUUUCAACCGUAAAGCAGUUGUGUUUACAUGGCUAUGUUUCGGUUUGAAGGGUGGGAUAUGGCGUGAAUUUACAGGGUAUGGAGAAUUAAUACCUGAGUCCUCAGGAAUGGCAACGCAUGGGGGGUAUCAUGAACAAAACAGUAUAUCUGUUAUGUCCAUGGUACUGCUCAUGUCUAUAGGCGACGGUCACCACUUUCCAUCAGAUGGGCCGUCAGUUUAUUUGCCAUUCAGAGUUGUAUAAAAAAAAAAUAACAGCAGUAAAUUUUAUCUACUUUUUUUUAAUGUAGAAUUUUUUUAUUUUCGUGCGUUACAUUACGGAUACCCUUACUUGUAUUAUAAUACCUUAGAUUAAUAUAUUAAUAAUAAGGCACGGAUAUUACUUUACUAGUGUAAAGUACUAAUUAUCUUUGCCUUAAAUACAUUUUAUACAAUUAUAGUGCAGUCAGGAACAAAAAUUAAGAACAUAAAUAUCCCUGUUUAUAAAAUGCCUAAACGCACUUGAUG